CUCCCGGCAUGCCGCCUGUCCAGGCGGCGCGGCCCGGAGCUGGUUUGACGGGAGGAGCGGCGGCGGAGGAUGGAGGCGGUGGUGUUCCUCUUCUCGCUCCUCGACUGUUGCGCGCUUAUCUUCCUCUCUGUCUACUUUAUCAUUACAUUGUCUGAUUUAGAAUGUGAUUACAUUAAUGCUAGAUCGUGUUGCUCAAAAUUAAACAAGUGGGUAAUACCAGAGGUGAUGGGCCAUGCCCUUGUCACUGUGCUCAUGCUUGUUUCGUUGCACUGGUUCAUCUUCCUUCUCAACUUACCUGUUGCCACUUGGAAUAUAUAUAGGUUCAUUAUGGUGCCAAGUGGUAAUAUGGGAGUGUUUGAUCCAACAGAAAUACACAAUCGGGGGCAGUUAAAGUCACACAUGAAAGAAGCCAUGAUCAAGCUUGGUUUCUACCUGCUCUGUUUCUUCAUGUAUCUCUAUAGUAUGAUUCUAGCUUUGAUAAAUGACUGAAGCUGGAGAAGUCGGGGUUGAAGCCAGCCUACACAACACUGCACAGUUGAGGAGCCAGAGACUACUUAAACCACCCUUAAAACCAUGACCAUAGCAGUAUAUAUUUUGGUCUUUGAACAAAAAAACUAUUUUUGCUGUAUUUUUACCACAUAAAGUAUUUACAAAAAAUAAAUUGAGUUUUUGUAGAUUUCUGAUUCUUAACCCCAACACAUGAAGGUGUUUCAUGUCCUUUGUGGCUGUUUGGUAGAGGUAGGAAUGUGUGCCAGUUUUGCAUGCCAAAGAAAUAAAGGACACACCUAAAAGAGCCCUUACUAAAUGAGCUGGAUUGUCUUGAAGUCUGAAAAGCCAGAGCAAUACAAACCUGAACAAAAGAAGAAAGUUAAUUACCCCUUCUUUAUAUUGUAGCAACUUCAUGUUAAUGUGGCUUAAGGAUUUUGGGGACUUUUCAGCUAAGCCUUUCAACAGAAAAUGACAGUUUAAAAUAUAUUUCUUUGCAGUAUUUGAAACCUUAUAAGGCAUGUGCUCAGAUACAAUGUAAUUCCUGCAUAUAGAAAGGAAAAAUAAAUUUUAAAAUCAA